UUGAUUUGCACGGUCUCUCUGGGGCCAGUGACCAAAAACGUGACAAAGAUGGUGAAUGUGUUUGCUUUACCAAAGCUCAUCUUGCAGAUUGGCAGUUCAGAAGCUGUCGUCAAUCAAACAGUGAACAUUACAUGUAGCGCCGAUGGCAGUGCUUCCCCUGGUUUUAAAAUGCAGAUCGUGGACGCUGCCAAAACCUUAGCAUCCGGCAACAUAAAUGAACAUUUCCUACAGUAUGCAAUGAUCGCUCAGCAAGAGGAUAACAAGAGGGAAUUCAUCUGCCAAGUCAUCCUGAUCAUUGAUGGGCAAGCCAAGGAAAGAAACAUAUCUCAAAAUCUCACCGUUUUCUAUGCUCCCAAAAUGGAUGAUUCCAGCUGUCCCCAGACGUGGACUUGGAAGAAGGGAAGUACGACAACACUUACCUGCUCAGCCUUGGGAAACCCCACACCGACUGUUCAGUGCUGGAAAGAUGGGAGACUUUAUAACAUCGGGGAACCACAGCUGAUCCAGAUAGAGCAUGGUGGCAUUUAUCACUGCAAUGCUACCAACCAAUAUGGCUUUGAUGUUAGAGAUGUGACUAUACACGUUGAGUCUUACCAGCCAUACAUCAUUGCAAUAAUCUGUGCAAUCAUGGGAAUAGCUGUAGUUGUGUUUUUGAUCUACUUGAAAAGGAAGAUUUACAACAAUAAGAAAGUAAGAAAAUACCAUCUCUCGAAACGGCACCAGUUACGAGCAGCAAGAAAGUCAGAGUUACUACAAUUGUCUGAAUUUCACAACCAAUAACUAAAUGAAUGCUGGUUGUUACAAACUGUAGAGAAAUGACAACCAUGCCAGCAGGAGUGUAGCUACAGCGGUGAUCACCAGUAAUGGGUUCACAUUUUUUUAUUACUGGUUCUGUGGGCGUGACUUGGUGGGUAUGGCAGAGGAAGGAUACUGUAAAAUCUCCAGUCAGAGGUGGGAUUUGCCGGUUCUCCAAACUACUCAAAAUUUCCGCUACUGGUUCUCCAGAACUGGUCAGAACCUGCUGUAUAUCACUCUGGGGAUCACCAUUUGAUUUAACAUUGAGGAAAAAACCACAGAAAAGUGUUCCUCAGCUCCCAAUGCCUUCUGGAGAGAUCUUUGUUUUGACUUUGGCUUUGGGACUUUCAUAUAGUGACUGGUGUCAUGCAUUACAAGGGCAUUGCAUUCCUGUGUUUUCUUAAGAUCUCCCCCUACCAAGAUGUCUUCCAACCUCACUAUUCCGGGCUAUGGCCUAUAUUCAGCCGUUCCGUGGAAAAGAGAACCAGGAAACCAGGAAGAAAACACCAGCAGCAGCCUAAACAGUUCCCAUAGCAAUAGAUCAGGGGUCCCCAAACUUGGCAACUUUAAGACUUGUGGACUUCAACUCCCAGAAUUCCUCAGCCAGCUAUGCUAUUAAAGU